GUGAGACGUUUCUUUCUUUUCUAUUUUUCUUUUGAAAUGCCAUUUAAAGAAGAACUAUUUAUGAAAUAAAUCACGUGGGGUUGGACUUAACUGCUUUAGUGAAGACAUGAGCAUAACUGGAAAUGAAGACUUCGCUCAAUAAAGCUAGCAUCAACCCAUCAGUCAACCCACAAGUUAUGAAACAUCCCGAAAGUAACAGCUACACUCCAGUCCAGCAGGUGGCAGUAAAGCAGCUAUAAACAGUCUCGCCAGCCGGUGAACAACCACAAAGAAGAAGCGGUCAGAGGUGAAAGUUGACUUUAGUAAAAACAUGGUUGAACACGGGGAUAUCCGCGUGGUUCACCGAGGUGGCAGUAAACUAAACUUCAGGGAGCCUGUCAUAACCCACGACUCAAGGUAUCUCCUAUGCGCCUCGGGAGAGUGCGUGAAGGUGUUCAGUACCUCCACAGAGGAGUGUAUCCACGACCUGCGGGGACACACCGGCCUGGUGACGGGGGUGCUGCUCAAACCCUCCAACCACCUGCAGGUCUACUCUUGCUCAGCAGAUGGCACUGUCCGACUUUGGGACUAUACAGAUGGCAUCCUUAUUAAGACGUACGUCAUUGGAUACCCGGUUUACUCCAUCUGCGCAUCUGCAAACCAUGAAGGGGUCAUCUUUAUCGUUACUCCCAUGCUCAGUGACAAAAGAUCUGAUUUAUUCCAGCUGGUUGCGGUAGAUCUUCCACAGAGCGGAGAUCAGCUGGUGGAGGCCCGAGAGCUUUCUGCUGUGCUCAGUGACGUCAGCUCCAACCCAGCAGCCAUCGUCUUCGGCAGAGGGGGGGAGUAUAUUGCUUCAGCUAAUGGUUUGCAUCUGGAGGUCUACUUCUUCAAGAAGCAGAAGUCCUACAGGUUUUCCCUCAAAGAAGACAACAAGAAGGGAGGCAAGAACACAUUGACGUGCGUCGCCUGUCAUCCAAAAGAUGACUGCAUUGCCACGGGGCAUGAAGACGGAAAGAUUCGCUUGUGGAGAAACUUCAACCACAAGAAGGAGUACACAUACUCCACCUUGCACUGGCACCACAGUGCGGUCAGCUCGCUGUGCUUCACCCCAGAAGGCACCAACCUGUUGAGUGGAGGCAUGGAGUCGGUGCUCGUCCAGUGGCGAUACAACCAAGAGAGCGAGCGGGACUUCCUGCCCCGCUUGGGUUCGGCCAUCACGCACAUCACUGUUUCGCCUGACGGAGCACUGUUCUGUACCUCACACAGUGACAACAAGAUUACGAUCAUCCAGAGUUGUGUUAAAGUGUCAGCUGUCAUUCAGGGCCUGGUCAAAGGAGAAAGCGUGAGGACAGACAUGAUGGUGGACCCACGCAGCAAAUCCCUGGUGCUAAACGGGAAACCAGGCCACCUGCAGUUUUACUCCCUCCAAAGAGACAAACUGCUGUACAACCUGGACAUAGUGCAGCAGGAGUACAUCCAUGAGUCAGGCCUGGAGCAGUUUGAGGUGGUCAAGGCAGCCUUCGAUGCCUCUGGCAGCUGGCUGGCAACAGUGGAAGAGAGAAAAACGAAAGACGCUGAGCUGGAGCUGAACUUAAAACUGUGGGCAUUUGAUGAACAGACACAGAGUUUUGUGCUGAACACGACCAUCUCGGCCCCCCACGAGGCGCGGAUUACAGCCAUGUGCUUCUGCCACGCCACCGACAGCCAGACCACCAUGCUGGUCUCCACCAGCAAGGACGGACACUUCAAAGCCUGGCAGCUGGCCGCGCCAGCCCACACAGAGGCAGAUGAAGGUCCUUCCUGGUCGUGUGACUUUGUGGGAGCCUAUCACGGCCUGGUGCCUGAGUGCUGCUGUUUCUCAGCCGACGGAUCUUUGCUUGCUGUCAGCUUUCAGGAGGUGGUGACUGUGUGGAGCCCGGCUUCCUGGGAGCUCCUGACAACUCUUUCCCAGCCGCCAAAAGCUGUCAGGGAUCUUUGUUUUGGGCGACUAAGCUGUUCCAAGUAUCUGCUGGGAACCACGGCCAACGACCUGCUCUGCUGCUGGAACCUCCUCACCUGCUCAUUGGAGUGGAGCACCUCGAUGGACAUCAGCCUGCUGCUGGCCGACCCCCUCACUGAGAACAUGGCUGCCUUCUGCUGCCAGGCCGGCUCCACCGACUUGUUUGUUUUUAAGCCCAGCGAGCCUCGGCCCGUGUUUUCCCAGAAGGCCGUGUGCUCAGGGAAGGUGACUCGCGCUGUCUUUGCCCCGAGGGAGGAGAUGCUGGAGAGCUGUGAAGAGAGCAGCCAGUGGCUCAACCACUCCCAGCUCUACUUCCUCACUCCGUACAUGGACCUCGUGACGUUCACUACUAAGGCGGAGGAAGACCGACUGAUGGCGUCCAGCAAACAGCUUAUAAUCGAUGACAGUGUCGCCAUGACACCGUUCUACCUGUUGCUGGGGAAACACCGGCAACAGGAAGAAGCCGACCCAGUGAGCAGCCUGUCUGCUGAGAGAAGGCCUCUGCCACAGUGCUCUGUUGCUAUCAAAGAGCUUCUGCAGACCCCGGCCCACGUCUUGCCCUCUACCUCUUUCCUCUGCUCUAUGUUUGUACAGUCUCUGCUCAUCUCCGUUACCGACGGCAGGGAGGAAACCAAACACGCCGAGGAGGAAAUGGAGAGCGAGAAAGAGGAAGAUGAUUCAGAAGGGGAAAUGGAAUCCAGCACCCAGAGACAAGAUCAGGCGCUGCUGGGAGGCCAGGCGGCCCCCGCUCUGACAAAGGCCCAGCAUAGGGAACUGAGAAGGGUGAAGAAACUGGACCACAGCUGGUUCACACGCCUCCUGCACUCUUGAACAUGACCCUGUGCAAAGACACACACACACACACACACACUGCCUAUAGAAAGUUUUCAGCACAGUGGGUUUUUAAGACAUGUUUUAUUGUGUUACGUCAUUCUAUCAGAAUGGAUUUCUUUUGGAAAGGGAAAAAAAAGGCAAUUACUAAACAGAAAAUAUUUGAUUGCACAAGUAUCCUCUCCUUUGGCAGCAAUUCCAGCCUUGAGUCAACGUGGACAUAUUUGUAUCGGGUUACACAUUCAAGCAAUAAAACUCUCCAAUUAUCCUCUGUUUGACGAGGAUCAUCUGUCAACAGCAGUCUAAGUCUUGCCAAAGACUCUGGACUACAUUGGUCUGGAUUCUGACUCGGCCACUCCAGACUAUUAACAUUAGUGUUUCAUGCCAUUCCUGCAUAGCUUUGAGUUUGGUUGCUGCACUUCCAGGCUUCUAUCACCACAUUUGCAAUGUGCAGGUUUUCCCUCUCUCUCUUCUUUUGAUGCUGCCUAGACCAACACUAUACUUGCAAAUCCAAGCACGCAAAAGGCUCCGUAGGACUUCCACGUUUCUCAGCAACGUUGAAUCUUUUUUUGAAAUGGUCAACGGCCACCAUUUGUGACACUCGCUCUCCAGCUAGAGCCAGUGCUCGCAAAUCACUUUUGUAAAAUGGCUCCCUGUUACGUGCUGACUUCGGGACCUCCCAGUUGCUGCUGCAGAGAAGGGAUGGAUGCCACCACCAGACUUCAUGCAGGGGAUGGUGUGUUUUUACUGAUCUCCGGUUUAGUUUUCUUAUUAAAAAACUCAAUUUUGUCUUCAAAAGACCACAGAACCUUCUCUUAUUUUUUCAGUCUUGCAUGCCUGCUGUUAAUAACUAGCAGAGUAUGUUAUGAGCUUUGACUUACACAGCUAUGGCCGUGCCAUAUUUCUGUUCUUACUGAACUCGGAGGGAGACUGGGCGCAUAGUAAAUGUUUUGUGUGUCCUUCCUCUGGCUUGUUCAUUUCAGUUUGUUUGUCACAGACUUGGCUGAAAACGUUUUGUCUUCCCCGCCCUUUUCUUGUCUGACAUAAUUAAGAUUCAAUUCAAGAUGCAAUGCUCUAUUCCCUUGCAACUAAGUUGCAAGGAAUUUGGUGCAGUGUGCUCAUUAUAGCCAUUUAUAAUUUCUUCUUCAUAUCAGCUGAGCUAAUCCAUAAUCGUCCCAUAGUUGGGGAAAUCCUAAAAUACACCUGGUCCUGCCACAUACAGCUUUAUUUAACUGCCAUGCCUUGACUAAACACUUAUCAUGUGACUUUAAACAACUGGCUGCACCAGUGUUGAUUUUGGUAUAUCAUAGUUAAAGGGAUACUUAUGCAAUCAUUUGUUUUGAUCUAUUUGUAGGGUGAAGUUUUUUUUUUUUUUUUUUGCACAUGAAAUACUUUUUGUUGUUUUGUCCCUGCUGGAGCUGCUCCCCCAGC